UAUGUUUCUGGCGCCUAACAGCACAUUUUGUAUACAUUUUCUCAAAGCAAAACAAUUUGAGAUAUGGUUUGGCAAAAAUUAGAUAUAAUCAAUGGAGGAAAUAUGCAGAGUGUGCAUGGGAAUGUCCGGAGUAUUUACAAACAUUUUCGAGGAGACACAAGAGUGGGACACAUGCAUUGCUGACAUGAUAUCGGAGUGCACAGGAUACGUGGUUAGGCGAGGUGAUUCACUAUCAGAAAACAUAUGUCCGCCUUGCCUUGAGGAUGCAGUGAGUGCAUUCACUCUUAAGAAAACCUGCGAGCAGAGCCACAAACUCUAUUUCACUCCGUUGGAGGAGGAAGACGAGGACUGGCAGGAUGGUGAAACGGAGCAAUCGAGCCAAUUUGAAGACGAUGAAGAGAUACACCAAAAUUAUGGAAAUAAGACGGAUAAUGUACAAAAGCGCUACAAAUGCGCCGAAUGCUCAAAAUCUUUUUUACACAAAUGCUCUCUCAGGGAACACUUCCGUACUCACACUGGGGAGCGCCCGUAUCGGUGUUCUCACUGCCCCAAGUCUUUUGCCAACGGCUCAACCCUCCGAUUUCACGUCCGUACGCACACGGGAGAAAAACCCUAUCAAUGUUCAUACUGCUCGAUGUCUUUUGCAAAUAACUACAACCUUAAAAGACACACUCGUACUCAUACGGGUGAACGACCCUAUCUAUGCCCUCAUUGCGCGAUGUCAUUUUCACUGAGUUCUGAACUCAAAAUACACAUCCGUCGUCAUACGGGGGAGCAACCGUUCCAGUGUUCUCUUUGCUUAAAAUCAUUUGCCCGAGACGAUAGUCUCCGGGUUCAUAUCCGUUUGCAUCAGGCUAAAAGACCUCACCAAUGUCCUUACUGCUCCAAUUCAUAUAUCGGGAAAGCAGCUCUACAGGUUCACAUUCGUAAGCACACUGGUGAACGACCAUUCAAAUGCACUCAAUGUUCAAAGUCAUUCGCACAAGAAGACAGCUUUAAAAGACACUGCCGUACGCACACAGGUAAAGGACCCUACAAUUGUUCGGACUGCUCAAAGUCAUUUAAAUAUAGCAUAUAUCUUAAAAAACACAUCCUCAGACACUCGGAAAACAAUGGUUAAAGCUUCCCAAAUACAAACGCAAUUUAAACAUUUUUUUAAGAAUGUGUAC